AUGGCCUUACGUUAUGCACUUCAUCGACCACGACAAGAGCGAGAGGCUCCGUCUCUCGUCUGCAUUCGACGAUACGUAUCGCACCUGGAAGGACCGCAUCUAUAUCCAUAUAUUCGCUGCGGGUGCCCUGGUGACCAGUCCCAAGAGAUAGCACCGGCACCAGCACUGGCAAUCGUCUCACUCGGCUUGUCGGGAUCGACCCACCGGAUCCGCAAGCACCGCCUCCGGAGUUCCUACCUGUCCAGUGUCCACCUACCUGAUUUGCUGGGUGCGACGCACCCGAGCGACCAUUACGCCGUCUGGUUCGUGGCGAAGAGCGGGCAGAGGCGGAAGGACCUUAAGGAGAAGUACAAGAGUCUUAGGAAGAAGAAAGGAGCAUUACGAAGCGAGCCAGGAAGCACGGGAUUAUUCUUGGACCAUAGAGUCCGGAGUGAAGGGCGGCUCAAAGGCUAG